CCUAAAAGUAUUUCUGAGAUUGGUUGGCGGCAGUGACAAGCUGUCUAGUGUCUACGGCGUGGCAGAGAGUCGGUCUCUUUCUUUCACGGGAGUGCGCCAUCGUUGGCGUAUCGUAAUUUUUGGUUGUGCUUGAGAAAAUCGUCAAACAUCCAAAAUGGUGAACUUCACCGUAGAUGAAAUUAGGGCCAUGAUGGACAAAAAGAGGAACAUCCGUAACAUGUCCGUCAUUGCCCAUGUGGACCAUGGUAAAUCUACAUUAACAGAUUCUCUAGUAUCAAAAGCUGGUAUUAUUGCUGGUGCCAAAGCUGGAGAAACCAGAUUCACAGACACAAGGAAAGAUGAACAGGAACGUUGUAUUACCAUCAAAUCAACUGCCAUAUCUAUGUUCUUCGAGUUAGAUGAUAAAGAUCUUGUGUUCAUCACCAACGCUGACCAACGUGAGAAAGAUGUGAAAGGUUUCUUGAUUAACCUUAUUGACUCUCCUGGACACGUUGAUUUCUCAUCAGAAGUAACAGCUGCCCUUCGUGUCACUGAUGGUGCCCUUGUAGUAGUAGAUUGUGUAUCUGGUGUAUGUGUACAGACUGAAACUGUACUCCGUCAAGCUAUUGCAGAACGUAUUAAGCCAAUUUUAUUCAUGAACAAGAUGGACCGUGCCCUCUUAGAAUUACAGUUGGAAUCUGAAGAACUUUACCAGACUUUCCAACGUAUUGUUGAAAACGUCAACGUCAUUAUUGCCACCUACAACGAUGAUUCAGGUCCAAUGGGUGAAGUCAGAGUUGACCCCAGCAAAGGUUCAGUUGGUUUUGGAUCAGGUCUCCACGGAUGGGCUUUCACUCUCAAACAAUUCUCUGAAAUGUAUGCCGAGAAAUUCAAGAUUGAUGUAGUUAAACUAAUGAACCGUUUGUGGGGUGAGAACUUCUUCAACCCCAAAACCAAGAAAUGGUCCAAACAAAAGGAUGAUGAUAACAAACGUUCAUUCUGUAUGUACAUCUUAGAUCCAAUCUACAAGAUUUUUGACUCCAUCAUGAACUACAAGAAAGAAGAAUAUGAAGCACUCCUUCCAAAAUUGGGUAUUGCCUUAAAACAUGAAGAUAAAGACAAAGAUGGUAAACAAUUAUUGAAAGUAGUUAUGCGUACCUGGUUGCCAGCUGGAGAAGCUUUACUUCAGAUGAUAGCCAUUCACUUACCAUCACCUGUGGUAGCACAGAAAUACAGAAUGGAAAUGUUGUACGAAGGACCUCAUGAUGAUGAAGCAGCUGUUGGUAUCAAGAACUGUGAUCCAAAUGCACCUCUUAUGAUGUAUGUAUCUAAAAUGGUACCCACUUCUGACAAAGGUCGUUUCUAUGCUUUUGGUCGUGUAUUCUCUGGUAAAGUAGCUACUGGUAUGAAAGCCCGUAUCAUGGGACCCAACUACACCCCUGGCAAAAAGGAAGAUUUGUAUGAAAAGGCUAUCCAACGUACCAUUCUCAUGAUGGGUCGUUAUGUUGAAGCUAUUGAAGAUGUCCCAUCUGGUAACAUCUGUGGUUUGGUUGGUGUUGAUCAAUUCUUGGUUAAGACUGGUACCAUUACCACUUUCAAGGAUGCCCACAACUUGAAGGUCAUGAAAUUCAGUGUAUCUCCUGUAGUACGUGUUGCUGUUGAACCUAAGAACCCUGCUGAUUUGCCAAAACUUGUAGAAGGUUUGAAACGUUUGACCAAAUCCGAUCCUAUGGUCCAAUGUAUCAUUGAAGAAUCUGGUGAGCACAUCAUUGCUGGUGCCGGAGAAUUGCAUCUUGAAAUUUGCCUUAAGGAUCUUGAAGAAGAUCAUGCCUGCAUUCCCAUUAAGAAAUCUGACCCUGUUGUAUCCUACCGUGAGACAGUAAGUGAAGAGUCUGAUCAGAUGUGCCUCUCAAAAUCACCCAACAAACACAACAGAUUGUUCAUGAAAGCUUGUCCUAUGCCUGAUGGACUUGCUGAAGAUAUUGAUGAUGGUAAAGUUAACCCACGUGAUGACUUCAAAGUCCGUGCCCGUUAUCUUACUGAGAAAUAUGACUAUGAUAUAACUGAAGCCCGUAAGAUCUGGUGCUUUGGACCUGAUGGUACUGGACCCAACAUCCUUGUUGAUUGUACUAAGGGAGUGCAAUAUCUUAAUGAAAUCAAAGACUCUGUGGUAGCUGGUUUCCAAUGGGCAACCAAAGAAGGUGUCUUGUCUGAAGAAAACUUGAGAGGUGUUAGAUUCAACAUUUAUGAUGUUACCUUACACGCUGAUGCUAUCCAUCGUGGAGGUGGUCAAAUCAUUCCAACAACCCGUAGGUGUUUGUAUGCUUGUUUAAUGACAGCUGCACCCAGACUUAUGGAACCUAUCUACAAGUGUGAAAUUAUGUGUCCCGAAGUUGCUGUUGGUGGUAUUUAUGGUGUAUUGAACAGAAGACGUGGUCACGUAUUUGAAGAAGCUCAAAUCGCUGGUACACCUAUGUUCUUAGUAAAAGCUUACUUACCUGUAAACGAAUCAUUCGGUUUCACUGCUGAUUUACGUUCCAACACUGGAGGUCAGGCCUUCCCACAAUCAGUCUUCGAUCACUGGCAAAUCUUACCUGGUGACCCAAUGGAACCCAGUACCAAACCCUAUGGAAUUGUGCAGGACACACGUAAAAGAAAGGGUCUUAAAGAAGGACUUCCAGACCUGGCACAAUAUCUGGAUAAAUUAUAAACAACUAAGAAACUUAAUUUAUGUACAGAUUAUUUAAUAAAAUUAUUUCAAUUUA